AUGCAGCAUCAAAUGAUGCAACAGCAACUCAUGCAGCAACAGCUGCAUCGGCGCGUGCAGCAGCAGCAGCAGCAGCAGCAGCAGCAGUACAUGCAGCAGCAGUACAUGCAGCAGCUGCAGCAACAGCAGCAGCUGCAGCAGCAGCAGCAGCUGCAGCAACAGCAGCAACUGCAGCUAAUGAUGCAGCAGCAAGGGCAGCAAUUGCCUACGGGGCUGCCACAGCAGCAAGCGGCCUCGCAGUACGGUCCUCAAUGGCAGCAGCAGCUUCCCAAGCAGCAGUUGCAGCAGCAAGGCUGGACACCAUAUCAGCAGCAGCAGCUGGAGCAGCUUCAGCAGCAGCAGCAGCAGCUUCAGCAAUUGCAGCGACAGCAGCAACAGCAGCAGCUGGAGCAGCUGCAGCAGCUGCAGUGGCUGCAGCAGCAGCAGUACAUGCAGCAGCAGCAGUACAUGCAGCAGCAGAUGCAGCACCAGCCUCCGUAUCGUGCAUCUGCAGGCGCAGUCAAUGCGGCUGGAUUGAAUGCAGGCAUGGCUGUCGCGCCAGAAAUGACGAGUGCUGCCUCGGUGGGAAGGCAAGCAAAGCCGCUUUCCCCUACCGCAGCAGUCCUCAUGAAUAGCUUGCGAGGAGUCUUGGGAGACUUGUCUGCAUCGGGCAGCAGAUUUUCUGUGGAGCAGCUGACGUCGCUGGUGCUGCAGCACCUGCCGCUGCAGCAGCAGCGACAAAUAUACCUGCAGCUGCAGCAGAUGCUGGCCCCCGAGCAGCAGCAGCAGCAGCACCUGCAGCAGCGGCACCAGCAGCAGCUGAUGCAGCAGCAGCUGAUGCAGCAGCAGCAGCUACCAGUGCUGACUUCGCAGGAAGCAAGCGACCUCACCAGAGCGACAGCGCUCAUGUCUGCCGCCGCUGCGGCUGCAGCAGCACAGGAAGAAGAGUUUCUAGGCCAGAGCGUAGAUCCCUGUACUCCUGUUGAGUGUCUGGGGGCCCCCGUAAACAGGGGGCCCCCCGCUUGCGGAUCUGACGCAGUCACCUAUGAGAGCCGCUGCGCACUGCUGACGGAGGUCUGUCGGCUCAGCAGCACUGGCAACAGCAACACCCAUCAUCCUGCGACUCCGCUGUUUUUGCUGCACGAAGGGCCGUGCGAACCUGGAUAUCAGUCGCAGCAACAGGGAGAUUCUACCCAACAGCAAAACCAGCAGCAGCAGCAGCAGCAGCAAGAGGGAAAGAAGCAGCAACGCUGCAGGAUCAACUGUCCGUCGGGAGGCGUCAGGGUUUGUGGAACGGAUGGGCAAACCUAUGCGAACGAAUGCGAACUCGAAGCAUACUCAUGCCUGCAGCAGCAACAUAUUCGCCUAAAGCACAUGGGGCCAUGCCCGAGGGCAUCUAGUGCUGCUGCUACUACGCCUGCUGCUGGAUUCUUUGGAUGCCUCCUCACGGCUCCCGACCUUUCUGGCGCUUUACUCCAUGCGAAUGCAGUGCCCCUGUUAGCGGUAUCUGGAGCUGCUGCAGAUCGAGACGCUGCAGUCGCUCGGUAA